AUGGGGCCUGAAUGCGGCUCAUGGGGCCUCCCAGCACGUGGGACAUCAAAACGAACCUUUUGUAAUGCAUUCGGAGCUAUGCAUUUGGAUUUCGUAAGCCACGCAAAUGAAUGUGUGGCAAAGCUGGUUUUGUGCCUUUAUUUGAUCGUUGCCAAGCAUGGCUACUUUGUUCUGGAGCAGCCGGCACAAAGCCUGUUGGUGAAAGCCCCCCGCUUUGAACACUUUGUGAACCAUGUAUGCUUUGUCUUCGUUACCAGAUUCUGGAUGCAACUGUUGGGCCAUCCAAGCCCUAAACCAACAGUGGUCUAUAGCAAUGGAUCAUGGGUGAAGACCCUCGACCUUGGAGUCCUGAAAAAAGAGUUCCGCAUCGCCAACACUUCCCUGAAGACAACCCGCCUGAGUCCUAGGGAAGUUCUAGGGAGGUUCUUUCAAUUGAUAAUGCCAUGUAAAUGUCUAUAA